AUGAUUACAGCGUCACAACAAUCCACCGGCGGCAGGAUAGUCGUCUUAAACGGCUUCCCCGCCACAGGCAAGCUGACAAUCCUCAAGGAGGCCAAAAAGCUCCUGCCCGAGACGACGACGUGCCUGAUGGACAACCACCUGCUCAUUGACCCGGUGGCGGCAAUCAUCCCCGACCGGAGCCCCGAGCACCACGAACUGCGCCGCCUGGUCCGCGCGCCCAUUUUUCAAAAGCUGAGGCAGCGCGCGCAGGCCGGCUAUACCAUCCUCAUGACGGCGUGUCUGGCAGAGGAAGUCAAGGAGAACGUCCAGUGCUUUCGUGAGCACCUUGAUUUGGUGCGCGGGACGGACGUGCCCAUCUUUUGGGUGACUGCGCAGUGCGACGGGGAGGUUCUCGAGGAGCGGAUCAGUAGCCCUGAGCGCUGCCGGGGCACAAAGACGAAGCUGACGGAUGUGCAUGCGCUUAGAGACCUGCUGCUGAGUUAUACGCUUGUUGUUCCGCGCGAGGAUGUGGUGGUGGGUGCGGCUCACUUGGUCGUGGCAACUCUGGAUGCUAACGGGCCGGUGCAGCGGCUGUCCCUUGUCGUCGGGGGACGAUAG